AUGUCUCAACAAGUACCUGAAUCACCUCAAAAUUCCUGGCAAGAUCAAGAUGAAGUGCCAGAAUCUCCAACCAUCACACCUCACACUCUCAAUGAUUUGAAUGACAGUACCACUAUUGCUACUAGUAGUAACAACAACAACCAAAUCCUGACAUUAAGAAGCGCACCUCCUGCUUGCUUCUCUUCAACGAGUUCCGUUGUUGAUUCCGAUCAAAAUAAUUUAAAUAAUAAUAGUAGUGGUUGCACCUAUCAUGAUCAUAUCGAUGAUUCUGAUCUCAUCAUUGAUGAUGAAUUAUAUAAAGAAUUAUUGCAAGAUGAGAAUCAUCACAUGCAAUCGUUGUUAACAACGAAUAAUAAUCCAGGAAGCACUUCUCAAUCCGAUGAUGACAAUUCUGACAAUCAUCCUUCCAAUGAUUCUAAUACCACUAAUACCUCUUACGAAUAUCAAGAUGGUUUCUCAUUAGAUAUUCAUCACAAAUCGAUUGAAAAUAUUUUGGAUAUUCUGUACAGCAGUGAUUAUCCUCCUCCUCCAUUACAGUUAAUAGAAAAUGAUGAAACCUAUGACUUUCCAUUUCCUACCAAAUCACAAUUAUCACAUGUAUUUCGCACGAUGAAAAUAUUAUUUUUAUUUACAUUUCUUACGAGAUGUUUAUCUGAUAAAGAUCAAUUCAAAAGAGAAAUACUUUCACAUUUGAGUACAUUUAAAGUACUUCAUAGAGGAUUUAGAAUGAAUCAUGUUGAUAUCAUUUGUCAUGAUAUUAUUCAACAAGUGUUAUUGAGAGCACCUAUGAAACUGACAGAAAUUAUCAAAUUAUCAUCCUCAACUAUUUUGAAUACUAUGAGUAAUACUUUGAAUACUAUGACUAGUUCUGAUAUUACUACUACUACUACGACUACUUUGAAUACGACCACUUCUCCUACUAUUAUCAAUGAUGCUCAAAAUGAAUCAUUGACAACACCAUCUCUUCACAACUCAUCAUUGACAACACUACCAACUCUUCAAAACAACAGAUCAAUCCAUGAAUUUCUCUCAUUCGGUGAUCCAAUACUUGAUGAAUUAUUUGAAACAUCAAUUUCUAAGAGAGAUGGUAUUUAUGGCAUUCCAAUCAAAGCAACAAGUGGUGGAUUUAUUAUUGAAUUAAGUGGAGUUGCUGGAAGUGGAAAAACACAAUUAGCACUUCAUUUAACUUUACAAUGUUUAUUGAAUCGUAAAUUUGGAGGUUUAAAUUCUAAAGUAUUAUAUUUACACUCUGAAAGUUAUCCUAUGGAUCGAUUGAAUGAAAUGAUUGAAGCAAAAACUAGACAAUUGAAUGAAUAUUAUUCUCGUCAUCAUUCUCAAAAUCCUAUUGAAUUUUCUAAAGAUUAUUUCCUUAAUAAUAUUAUUCAACGUAACAUUUCCAAUACCAAUGAAUUCAAUGAUUUACUCAAACCAAACAUCACGUCCAUGAGUCACAUGUCACCUCUCGAGAAUGUUAUUGAAAAGAAAAAUAUUAGACUUGUCAUUUUAGAUUCCAUAGGAAUGUUAUUUAGAGAUUCACAUGCGAGUAGAAAAUCAACCAUUGAGAGAUCAGAAACCUUACAAUUUCAAAUUCAACACAUGAAAUAUCUUGCUACGAAAUAUAAGAUCAUAUUCUUAAUUCUCAAUCAAGUGUCAGCAAUAUUUGAGGAUGAUGUGAAUCAUGAAUUAGUAAGAAAAUAUCAUCAAAGUCAUCCAAAUGAUACAUUGAAUUGUGAAGAAGCAUUGGAAUGUUAUUUGUAUGAUCAUCGAACAUUAUCAUUAGGUACAAUGAGGAGUGGUGAUAAUGGUGGUGGUGCAACCUGUAGUAGUAGUAGUAGUAGUAAUUUUUAUAAUAGUUCGAUCUGUGAUGAUAGUGAUGGUGGUAGUGGUAGUCAUGGUGACCAUCUUAAUGAUGAUGACUCAUUGUUCGAUUCUAUUGGAGACAUUUCAAGUGUUCGAUCCUAUUUUAAACUCACACCCAGUGAAAAAGUCAAACCAACACUAGGGUUGCAUUGGUCUUCUCUCAUUGAUAUUCGAUUAUUCCUCACCAAGUUGAAUCGGAGGGAUGUUGUGAUUGCAUCUCGUUCGAGAUUGAGAAGAGACAUGAAGAAAUUCAAACCGAAUGAUCAUGACGAUGAUGAAAACUCUUCACCUGUGUAUUUAAGGGAUUAUGAAACACAAGAACCUAAAUAUGAAAGUGUGAAUGAUUAUUCGAGACAAAUUCAUGUCAUUUAUUCUCCCUUCUCACCGACCACAAGUCGAUCUUUCCUCAUUGAUUCCUUUGGUGUUCGUGGAGUGUAA